AUGAUGGGAAGAGCCGGAAGACCGCAGUUCGAUGACUCGGCCGUGGCCGUCAUUUACGUGCAGGAUUCAAAGAAGACCUUCUACAAGAAGUUUCUGUACGAGCCAUUCCCCGUGGAAUCCUCUCUUCUACCCGUGCUUCCCAAUCACGUGAACGCCGAAAUCUCGGCAGGAACCAUCGAUUCGAAACAGGGAAUUGUCGAAUAUCUCUCCGGAACAUAUUUGUACCGCCGUUUCUUCGCCAAUCCGAACUAUUACGGACUGGAGGAAGACACAGAGGAGGCGAUGCUGAAGUUCAUAACAAACAUCGUCGACGGAAGUGUCAAAGAACUCCUGACAUCCGAAUGCAUCCACGUGAACGAUGAGAACGACGUCAUCAAGCCGACGGCAUUCGGAAGAAUCGCUUCUGUCUACUACCUUCAACACGAGACCAUUCGCUUCCUUGUGAAGGAUCUCCAUUCUGCGUGCACAGUCGAAAACAUGCUCAAGAUUCUGACGGACGUGCCAGAAUACGCCGAGAUUCCAGUCAGACACAAUGAAGAUCUGAUCAAUACGGAACUGCAAAGAAAACUGCGAAUCCGUUUCUCGACUGCCGUCAUGGGAACGUCUGCCGCAAAAGCUCAUCUGCUGUUCCAAGCGCACUUCAUGAGAACAGUGCUCCCGACGGAUUACCGCACAGAUCUGAAGAGUGUCCUCGAUCAGUGCAUUCGAAUUCUUCAGGCGAUGCGAGAAAUGGCAAGGUUCAAGAACUGGCUGGCCGCCACAAUGAAUAUUGUCCUCCUGCAGCAAAUGUGUCAUUCUGCCAGGUAGCUUUCAUUUCAUUUCCGUCCAAGCACUAUGAUUCUCUUUCAGAUGGCACGAUGAUCAUCCACUUCUCUGCCUUCCCCAUCUGUCUUACGAAGACGCCCGUGCGAUCGGAGAGCAAAUGAGCAUUCCGCAACUUCAAGAUUAUCUGGAAGUGGAGAAAGCCGCCUCGUUUGAAGAUCCGAAGCUGGUGAAGCGAGCGAUGAAGCUGUUGAGAGAGAAGACGACUCUUGAUGACCUACAGUGCAAAGAAGUGCUGAAAGCAGUUUGCAACUGGCCAAUCGUGUCGCUGAAAACUCUUCAGCUCUUAGACGAAAAAGGGAAUUCAGUGUCGGUCAGGGACGAGCAGGAGAUCCAAGUGACGGCUGGAGAGGUCUACAAACUGAGAGUCGUCAUGGAAAGAUCGGGGCCUGCUAAGGUUUGUCAUCAGCCAGAUCCCUUCCGAAUUGUGUACUCUAAUCCCUCGAUAAUCCCCAACGCGUAAUCUUUUUUUUCAAUUUCUCUUUCCAGAACAACUCUUCAAUGUACCUCCCUCAAUGGGCGAAAUCGAAGCAAGCCGGCUGGAUCAUCCUCGUCGGCGACACUUCUUCCGAUCGAAUUCUGAACACAACCUCCGUCGUCGGCUCGCAUUCGACGCGAACAACCGCGAAACUCGACGUGCGGAUGCCGUCUGCUAGGUAAUGACUAGUGAAAGUGACAGGUGUUCGGGAGGAGAAGCGCGCGUCCAAAUGUGGUACUUUGCAGGGGAAAGUGCCGGUUGUCGAUAUUCGUGCUCAGCGACUGCUACCUCGGAAUCGAUCAGGAAUACACUCUACACCUCGAUGUUUGCUGA